CCGACGGUGAUGGCCCAUCCGACACUCUGCGGACCCUCCAGGCGGUGUUGGCUCGGUACCCCACCUAUUCCGAUCCGCCUCCCAUGUUUCAUCAGUCGUCUCGCACCAGCGCGGCGAUCGCUGGUACUUUGGCCCGGACACCACUUGUGACCCCAGACAAGGGCGAGGUCCAGGCGACAUCACCACCCCAUCUGCCUGCCCCGAUCGGGCCGGCUGGCCCUCUGUCUCAGCCAGAAGGAUCUGAGUUCGCCCAGGAGCCCGCCGACACUGGAGAGAAAAUACGCAAGGAGCGAGGCCUCGCCGACACGAAUGCCACCAAGCCGAGCACAACGACACCAGACGGUGCUGUCGCUGGAGCCUGCUCGAUCACCCAUGUUGGCACAGAUAGCACGAUCCGUGCGAAAGCGGUCGUCGUCUGUCCCACUCCGACCAUCACCGAUGCCAUCACCGACACCAAUACCGACGCCGGCACCGGAUCGGGCCGCAUCGAACAGCCCUCGUCGUUUCCUGGCCCCAGCAAUCUCGAGGCUAUCGCCGAGCGGUCAGCCACAGGCCUCGAUCAGCUUUCGCAUCCGCCUCCUGCGGCCCUUGCUUCUGCGCGAGUCACACCCCCGUCCGAGACGACCGCCGAACACAGACAGGAUCGCGGCCGGCUGCUCGGUGGGCUCUCGAGGCUGUUCAAGAGCCAUCACCACGACGGCCUUGUGGCGCUGAUGUUGGAGGAGCUGAACGGCCUCUCUGUCGACGGAGAGUCUCUGUUCAUCGAGAGCCCCAACCCAGAGCAAGGCGCCAGGGAACAGGUCAAAGACAUUGUCGGGAAGCUGCAGGCGGUGCUCUCGGGGCGUGUUGCCGAAAAGAAUACCCGCCUCAAGAUCCUCGGUGAGCGACUGGCGGAGAGCCUCGAUGCCGCUGCUGCUCUUCAGGAGCGAUGCCAGACCCUGGCGGCGCAGGUGCAGAUGCUCCAGGCCGCCCAGACCAAGGACAGAGCCUGCGCUGCGACACCCGACCCACCCACGGGCUCGGACGGCACCAAGACCUGCACGGCCCCCGACGGCGACGGGGCAUGCUCCAAGGACCUGCUUCUGCGCGUCCUCGUCGAGCAGCAGACGGCUCUGCAGACCCGGCUGGCGAUCCUCCAGCAGCAGCUGGCCCACCGGCGCGACGCGGGGCCGACCAGGGGGGCUUUGUGGCAGGUCCAGGGCCAGUCGCUGUGGCUUGCGUUCCCGCUGUAGCACAGACGCCACAUCCCGCCACCGCCUGCCACAUGCUCGCCACGCGCAUCGCCACCGACGGCAGUCGGGCGAACCGUCGCGCAGCCGCGCACGUGAUGGGUGCUAUCUGGGGCCGCCUCCGAAAACAAUGACAAAUUCUGCUGUUGCGCAAAUCCAU